AUGUCAUUCACCAUUACAGUUCGCCAAGGGCCUGCGCGCCUGGCGACGAAACUGCCACAGCUCACCAAAUCCGCUUUCAAGAGCGGCGCGCCCAUCCGCGCAUUCCACCAAACAUCCACGAAACCAUUGACCUUCUUCUCAUCGAGGACAGCAACCGCCUCGUCCAUCUCCCGCUCCACUCAGCGCAAUGUCUUCCAGCAAGCACGAUCCUACCAGUCCCAAUCCCGCCCUCAAGCCGUCGACACCAGCUCCGUCGGUCGGCGCCUCCUCACGGGCGGUGCCAUCUUUGGUGGUACUCUCAUUGCAAUGAACCUCAUGUUCAACCGCGAGACUCGCGAAGAUGGUGGUAUGCCUCUGUUUGAGAGGUCCUACCUCAACCAAACAUUCAUGCACACCGGCUUGGGUAUUGGCAUCAUCGGCUUGACCGCACGACAGAUGAUCCAGAGCGGCUUCGUCUACAGACUCAUGGUCACCAACCCAUGGGUUGUCGCCAUCGGUGGUCUGGCUGCCAGUUUCGGUACCAUGAUUGGAACCAGGAUGGUCGACCCUGACAACUACGUUCCCAAGUACGCUCUCUGGACCGCCUUCAACGCCACUCAAGCCGCCUUCAUUGCUCCCCUGCUCGCCUUCGCCCCUGGUGCUCUGAUUGCCCGCGCCGGUCUCUACACGGUGGCUAUGAUGGGCUCCAUCUCCUUCGUCGGUGCUACUGCCAAACAGGAGAAGUACCUGUACAUUGGUGGACCUCUUCUGGCUGGUGCUGCCAUUGUCGCCGUCUCUGGUCUUGCUCCUCUUGUCAUCCCUGCCACUGCCAUCCGCACCCUGGCCUUCACUGAGAACAUCUGGUUGUACGGUGGUCUUGCCGUCUUUGGUGGUUUCACUCUGUACGAUGUGCAGAAGGUGCUCCACCACGCCCGCCUUGCUGAGCGCGGUGUCAUCAAGAAGGAUCCCGUCAACGAGAGCAUUUCUCUUGAACUCGACUUCCUCAACAUCUUCAUCAGAAUGGUCCAGAUUUUGAUGAUGCAGCAAAACCGACGCAAGUAA